AUGCCUCUUUUCCGCGAAGAAAACUUUCUUCUCGUCCACGUGGGCUCGCACGAGACAAGGGUGCUUUUCGGCUUGCACGAGUCUUUGGCCCCGCCCAAAAUCUCGCUCCCCACGGUCGUGUACCAUGACCAGGCGACCAGCCAGUAUCGGGCGUCAAACCCCGCCGGCGAAUACGCCGAAAUCCACCCCGUUGUCGGGUCACGUGUGGCGGACAUGGGCGGCCUCAAGGCGCUCCUCAAGUUCGUGUUGCAGCUGGUGAUCCGCAAAAACCCGGUCUUGACGAUCAACCAGAUUCCCAUGUUGUUGCUCACGCCGUCCGUGUCCUUGUCACGUGAGGCCGUGGAGGACCUCACCCGGUUUGUGUUCGAGACCUUGGAGCUCCCCGCGUUCAAUGUGUUGGACUUGUCCGUGGCCGCGUCGUACGGGCUAGGGUCCACGGCGUCGGCGGUGGUGGUGAAUGUGGGCCACGAGGCCACGCAGAUCGUGCCUGUAUUGGGCGGCUUGCCCCUCAAGUACGCGGCCCGCCGCUUGCCCGUGGGCGGCAGGACCAUCGACGACGAGUUGCGCAAGAUCUUGCCGCAGUUCUCCGCGCCGCAGCUCGCGGCGUUGAAGCACUCGCCCAUCUACGAGGUCAUGGUGGACCACGAGGACUCGUUCUACUCGCACGCGGACUUGAGCGAAGAGAAGCAAGGCGACGGCGACGCGGACAUCGACAUAGCCAAGAUCGUGUCCGAGGGCAACGGCGCGCCGGGCGCUUUGGCGCCGGCCGAGGCCGCCGAGGGCAAGCCGAACUGCGAGUUGCAGACCAACAGCUUCUCCUUCGAGGGCCAGAUGCUCUCGGUGGGCAAGGAGCGGUUCCAGGGCGCGCAGAGGCUCGUGGCGGCGCUCGCAGAGGGCAUCUUCGCCAGCUUGGCGCAGGUGCCGGACUUGGACAAGCGCCAGGAGUGCUACGACAACUUGGUUUUGGUGGGCGGCACCACCAACAUCGCGGGCUUGAAGCAGGCCGUGGUGCUCGAGCUCUGCCGGCGGCACGUGGCGCGGCCGCCGCCGCCCAAGGGCUCCCGGCGCGAGCCGGCGGGCGUGAGCUCGGCCAUUUUGGCGUACCAGCUGACCAGCGACAUGCCCGAGCCGGCGGGCGACCACAGCGGCGGCGCGCAGGUGCCGUCGUCCGUCAAGUUGAUCAAGUACCCGGAGUACUUCCCCGCGUGGAAGCAGCCCAAGGAGAGGGGCGGCUCGUGGUCGGAGGUGUACUUCCUCGGCGCCCAGAUCUACGCCAAGCAGAUCUACGGGGCCAACUCCAACUACGGCGGCGACUCGUUCAUGGACGCGGAGAUCUACGACGAGCGCGGCCCGCAGGCCAUCUGGGACGUGAGCCUCUGA